AUGUCUGACGCUGUCACUAUCCGUACUAGAAAGGUGAUCACCAACCCAUUGUUGGCUAGAAAGCAGUUCGUCGUUGACGUCUUGCAUCCAAACAGACCAAACGUCUCCAAGGACGAAUUGCGUGAAAGAAUAUCCGCCAUCUACAAAACCGAAAAGGAUGCCGUCUCUACCUUCGGUUUCAGAACUCAAUUCGGUGGUGGUAAGUCUACUGGUUUUGGUCUAGUGUACAACUCUGUCGCUGACGCCAAGAAAUUCGAACCAACCUACAGAUUAGCUAGAGCUGGUCUUGCUUCAAAGGUUGAGAAGCCAUCCAGACAACAAAGAAAGCAGAAGAAGAACAGAGACAAGAAGGUCUUUGGUACUGGUAAGAGUUUGGCCAAGAAGGUGGCUCGUCGUAACGCCGACUAA